CUUCGGCUGCCCUGCUUCGCGGGUCGCGGGGCGGGGUCGCGCGCGGGGAGCGUCUCCUCGGGCCUCCGCGUCGGGGCGGCGUGGCGGGGUGGACGCGGAGGCGCUGCAGAGGCGCCGCUCCGCGCUCUUUUCGGGAGGCGGCCGCGCGAGCGAGUCUGCGCCCUCCGCCGCGUCGGGGAAGGGCCGGGCCGCCCGCCCAGCCGCUCGGGCGGGGGCGCGGCGGCGGUCGAACUUGCGGCGCCGCACCCGCCACGCCGGGAGGGGGGGAGCGGGCGGCGCGGGAGGAGGAAGAGGAGGUCCGUUUUCGCGGCGCGGACGGCGGGGAGCCCCUCGACGUGGCGGCGAACCUCAGCCCCCUCCUGCGUGUUGUGUUGGAUCUCUCCAACGCGGUGCCCACCGGCCGUUUGCGUGCGCUUUACGGCUGCGACGACAUCUGGGACGUUGUGGCCUCGGUGGGCGAGGCGGCGCCGAAAGCGGUUCCGUCCGACCAGCCUUUGCCGCUCUCGCCCGGGGUGGCGCCGGCGGGUUCUUUUCGGUCUUUGACAGUUCUAUGCAUUCGCCAAAACUCUCUGGAGUCACUGAAAAUUUUGCCGCCGUCGCUUCUGCGCCUUGAUGUGAGUGAUAACGAGUUGCGCGACCUGACGGGUGUGGAGCAGUGCAGAAUGCUUACCCUGCUCAAUGCACGGAGAAAUCGUUUGCGUACCAUGCUUGGGUUGGAACAAAACCCUGCGUUAUCUCACCUUUUCCUCGGUCACAACAACAUCAUCUUCGUCGAAGGUAUUGCGCAUCUUCUUCUCCUGGAGACGCUUGAUUUGGCGCAGAAUAGACUUAAAACACAGGCCUCUAUCCGCGCGUUGUCUCUCACAAAAGGACUGCGGCACUUGAUGCUGCGUGGUAACCCCGUGGUGGAACGCAUACAGCGUAGUUACCGUCCUUUACUGCGCAAUCUUUGUCCAUCGUUGCUCUCUAUCGAUGGGGAACGUCUUACCUUCUCACGAUUGGCUGCAAAGGCGCAACGUGAGGGGAAUCGCCUUCGUCUACCCUAUGCCGCUGGCGAUAGUGUCGGUGGUGUAAACAUUUCCAUAACUUCGGCAGAUGAUGGGGAAGCUGCAGAGGUGUCCCAAUGUGCCAGCUACAUGCAUCUGCUAACGCGUGGUGCUGCGGUUGUAGCAGGUUCGGGCUAUGUUGACGCCGAACGAGCUGCACGCACGGCAAAGGCGUUGAAGGCCCAAGCAGCAGCUGGGGCUAGAAAGGGGAGACAACAAAGUCGCCCCGCAUACCGAGCGGGCGGGGAGCCUCUUCGACAGGAGCUUUUAAAGCAUCUUGCGCAGGAGUCAAGAAAGUAUCUGGAAUCCUUGCUUGAGGAGCGAUUGUCAAGCAUGCAGGUGUCACAGGUCGCAGACUCUCUAACUGCCGUCGUGGAACGCGGGGGUGGCGACCAUGCACAGGAGAGCCUUCUACAUGACACAUCUGCGCAACACGAGAUUGCCGGGUGGGAAGGCGACCAGCCUUGUGUCAGUGGUGGCCGUAAUCGCCAGGCUCCAGAAGAGGCCCAAGACGGCAUUCCUGUCAACCUCUCUAGUGAAGGAAGAGACGAGAAGCAUCGGGCGUUUUCCCGUGGCAAUCAAGUGCCAGGAGUGCACCGCGAUGCGACGCUGGAUCACGGAGACUGGCUGCGCCUCCGUGGGCGUCAAGGCACCCGGCAUGCUCCGUUUGGAGAUACACCUCACCGGGCUCUGCCGGGCCCCAACGCUCCGGAGACGCCUGACACGCCUGAUAAGAGAUGCGUGGAGAGCGUGGUACUUGUCUCGCCUAUUCGUAAGGAUGAGGAAGCAUGCCACGCUGCCUCGGUGAAUGCCAUGGAAAUCCUACGCGAUGUAGACAUGCUGGAUCCUCGUUUCUCUGCCGAUGGUAACGUCGCCACUGAGCCAGGGGCCAUCCCCCGCUUUGUGCCAAGUCAUUUGCGGCGACCGAUGCUCUUGUCUCCGUCUACGGAUUCCUCACCAAUUAAGGCGCACAGGGUUUACUCGGCUCCCAAGUCUCGGAAAGGUAGUAAACCCUUUACUGCGACCUCCCCAGCUCAGUCACGUAGCAUCAAGGUGGCGAAUGAGACAAUUAUUCUCUCCCCUCCGCCGCCCUUGACGACUCCGUGUUCCCUGCAUCCCAAGGCAAGGGGUUCUGUCGUGAAGAAAUGGGUCGUUGAGCUCUGCCAAGACACCGAUGCUGUUCAGGAGGCAUUGCAAACCCUUGUUUCCCUUUUAGACUCGCAGGGGUGGAGCAAUCCUGCAAUUGCUGGUAGGCCUUCUCCUGUUCCUGCGCAGUUAUUGGCGGAGCGAAAGCGAUGUGUUGAAAUUCUUACCGAAAGUGGAAUGCUCUUGGACAUAGAGGUCCCUCUAGACGUCGUGGAGCAGUACUGCCUCACCCCCGACGAGUUGAGAUACAGUAGUGAUGACGAAUGCAGCGAGGAAGGUGACUCUGCGGUGGACUCACCUGUCACGGCCGAGGGUUGCAACACCUGUCGGGAAAAACGUGAGAUUUUGCGCUGCAUUCGCCUGAUUGGAGACGGAAAGACAUGUCUUCGGUACCUGGUUCUUCUCAUCGAGGAGGGGAGGGAGGAGGAGCUACAGCGCUACCUGAGCGAGCUUAGGCUACUCAUACCAAUGUGA